CCGCACGCCCCUUGGCCCACCGCCUGGAGUCGUCUCGCCCGCGGCCGCGGCCUAUUCUCCUCAUCCGCUCGCCGCGCCGCGCCGCAACCCGGAGGCCGGAGGAGACUGCGCUCAGUCGAGCACCACCUGGGGCUGGGGCCCAGCAUCCUCGCGACCAUCUCCGGCACGACGUCCGCCCUCUGCCGCCCCCGGUGUCCCUGCGACCGUCGCUGCUGUCCUACUUCGCCACUGGCCAGUUUGCCCCGCGACGAGCACAACCAGAACACUAGCAGCCCGAUUAGGUUGUUCUUUACGGUUGAGGAGCAAGAUCGAUUUAGCCAUGGUGCUGGCGCAGUUCGUUUUUCAGGAGUUUUGGGACUUCAAUUGAGCCCUUGAGUUUUAAGUCUGGACAGCCACACAGCCAUGGCUGCCGCCGCCGCCGCCGCUGCUGGCGGCGUGUCGGAACCGCCGAUGGUGGAGCAAGUGAUCACCGAAUUCUUCGCCAAGAGCCUGCACAUCAUCCUGGAGUCACGCUCGCCCUAUGAUUCGUCGCGGAACUUCACUCGGCCCUCCCCGCCAUCGUCGCCGCUGGCUGGAAGCCAGCCGCGGGACCGGUGGUUCAACCUUGCUCUCCGGGACUGCCCUGCUGCGCUCGAGAAUUUCGACCUGUGGAGGCAGAGCAACCUCGAGCUUCUGGUCAUUGACAUUGUCCUUGUGCAACGUGACAAUACCAGAACCGCCAGUGUCGGGGCCAGCAGGAUCAUUGAGAGGUGGGUAAUAAAGUAUGAAACUAGCAGGUCUGGCAAUGCUAUCAAGAACAGUGGCAAGAAAGCUAGAAGCAGCUCUUCUCAGGAUCAUAGCUUGUACAGGAGGGCAUACAGCGGCUCCACAGUGUUGUUCCGGUCAUUGUACCUGGUUGUCAGGCUCUUGCCAGCAUACCAUCUCUUCCAGGGGCUCAAUUCGUCUGGAAGGAUCUGUCCGCUGAGCCUCUCGCACAAGAUUUCAUCAUUUGUUGAGCCAUUCACCCGCGCUGAGGAUGCAGAGAUGAAACACUAUGCAUUUGCUCCGAUUGAAACUCUGUUUGGUUCCUUAAGCUUGUCUGUUUCGUAUGUGCCAGUGCUGGAGUUGGCUGCAGUACCAGAGCAACCCACACCGGUGCCACCUGAGCUUAUAAAGGAUUAUGUUGGAAGCCCCACAACAGAUUUUCUUAGGAAGCUCGAUUCCCUGCCUUCAGAUGGCAUUGCACCUGCAUGUUUUCCAGUGACCAGGCGGCACAGUUGGAGCACCGGGCAUGGAGUUAGAACAUCGGUAUCGCCAUUUCCGAUGAGUUCAGAACCCCAUGGACGCCUAGAGCCACGUAUGCCGACCGAUAAUUCUCCGACAGCAUACUCACAUCCACAUAACACAUCAUCGUCUGGGAAGAAGAGAAAUACAGUAAAUGAAGAGUGCUAUCCAUCACCACCUCUGUCGCCAUCACCAUCCCAUUCGCCUUCUAGCUACCCAAGAAAUCCUUUCUUCCGAUAUGAGAGUGCUCCUUUAAGUAUUCCCACAGCGAUGGCUGGUGGAGGUGGUAGCAGGCUGCCUCCUUCUCCACGUAGGAAGGAUAAGCAACAAUGCUCAUCUCAAAAUGAGAAUCUGACACAUUCUCCAAAUGAUAAAUCAAUAGUAUCAAAGGAUUUGGUCAAGCUUAGUGAGUUUCAGAAUGAGAAGUCUUUGCAAAAGGUUUUAUCUUUUGGCAAUGAUGAUUUGGUGUAUUUUCGUGGGCUAAAGUUGACUCGUACCUCCAGUAAACUUUUCAUCAUGGAUGAACUGGAUGAACGGGAGUUAGUUUUUGCAUGGGAAGAUAAAGACACCAUCAUUGAUCAGCUUAGAAGGAUCGACAUAUCUGACAGGGAUGACCAAGGACCAUCUCAGGAAGGAGGCUCAUUAACGAGGUCUCCAGAUGCAGCAAUUGGUAUUCUUAUGCGCAUCCUACAGAAUGCCCCUGGCCUCAGGGAAAGGCUACUACUGCCAGGCCCUAGUGCCCCGGUUCCUCAAGAACCUUCACUCCAGAGGGUAGUGACCGAGGAACAUGGCAGCAGUGCAUCAAGCUCUACAGGGGUGCCUUCCGUUCUUCUGAGGUCAAGGACAGCGGCGGAUGCGCUGGAGGAGCUGAACAAGUACAAAGAGAUUAGAGAAUCGAUACUGAACCGCAGCAAAGGGCAUUCCUGCAGCACCAAGCUGCUGGAGGAGAAACCCGCGGAUGGAGAUCCAUAGCAUACAGUAUGAUGACGAAAGCGCGCUGUGUAUAUAUAAGUAGUAGAAGGUAGAUGACUAUCCUUAAGUUGCUGGUGGCUGCUGAGAUGAUUUUGGAAACUAGGUAGCUGCUAGGAAGUGACCAACUUUAUAUAUAUGUAUAAAGUGCGGCAGACAUAUAUAUAUAUCCAUGGAUCCAUCCAUCUAUUCAUCCAGGUGCCCUGAGAUGAUGGCCCACUUGCUGGGUUAUGUAAAGUCGAGACGUUUAACUGAAGUUCUUGCAGUGAAAUUGUGAAAAUCGAUUCGGUUCAGACUUUUGA